CAAAUCUACCUGUAGGUACAAAUAAAGUCACCUGAACCUGUUUGAACAUCAUGGACCCUUUACUGCGUCACUCUUAGCCAACCAAACUCUGGGUUAUUGUUGGGAAAGGGCCUGAGGACCGGCCCCUCCCUGUUACCUGUGCUGUAAUACCUGUUUCCUGGACUUCUGUUUCCUGCACUUCUGCCUGUGCUCUCAGAGAGCAGGUGUGUCUCACCUGUCUGACUCACUGUGGAAAUGAUGGAGGAGCUGGUCGGCCUCGGCGCCGUGACCCUGCUGGGCGUCUUGGAGCAAGCUUAUUUCUCUCUCCAGGUGAUUUAUGCCAGGAGGAAGUACUCGGUGUCUCCACCCACCACCUCUGGACCGCCAGAGUUCGAGAGGAUCUUCAGAGCUCAAGCAAACUGCUCUGAGUACUUCCCCAUCUUCAUCACUGUGUUGUGGACAUCCGGAGUCUUCUUCAGCCAAGGUCUGUCUUCGGUCUGCGGUUUGCUUUAUUUAUAUGGACGCUUCAAUUACUUUCGAGGGUAUUCUGAGUCCGCGCAAGGACGUCUGGCUCCGCUUUAUUUCAGCGCUCAGAUUCUCUGGGUUCUCAUCGGGUUCUCGUCUCUCGGCGUUUUCCUCACAUUCUGCCGAGUGUACCUGAAUGUGGACCUGCUGCAGGAGCUCUGCUCCGCCCUGUUUUGAUUGACGGGAGGCUGCAAAGUGAUGAAGAAAAGGAGGAGGAAGUGAUGCUUUCUGCUCAGUGAUCUUAACGUCUGUAUUUCUGUGUGCAGUUUGGGUUGUUAAAUAUUCAUACGAGUUAUCAUGAGUUCAUUCAU